UGGAGUUGACACAGAAAGCCGCUUCACAUCCACUGCGACUUUCUAGCCUCAACCCAGCUGUAAAAACGUGUAUUUACCUCUCUGGAGUACGUACCGACUACUGAACAUACGGACUCACGGAUCGUCCUGUGACAGUUACUGCUUCUACUACUUGUGACUUGCAACACUGAGUUUCCAUACCGCAUCUUUGUAUAAAAGAGAUAGACGCAAUGGCCGCAUUAUCGGUAUACCUGGCCGCCUUAGUCGUUGGAAUGACGGCGGCAUACUUCAAAUUUCUCUACAGGAGAAGACGAGAGGGUGAACCUCCCCUGGUUCCCGGCAAUUUUCUCCUGGGGUCAGGCGCUGAGUUUGCUCAGCACGCCGUCAAAUUCCUCCACAAAUGCAAGAAAACGUACGGGGAUAUUUUCACCAUCCGGCUGCUCAACCAACACGUCACCAUUGUCAUGGACCCUCAUUCAUACGAAAACUUGACCAAGGAACGCCGAUUUGACUUCGACCCUAUUCAGAGACAGGUGAACCAUAAUGUAUUUAGUUUCGAACUUGUCGAUGCACGCAAAAUGUUGAGCGAGGCUGGUAAAAAAGUCAAUGGGCGCCACCUCCAUGGCGGGAUGAAGAAUUUCUCGGACAAUUUACGGAAUGCUUUCGACAAAGUCACCAACUUGGAUGUCAACGGUAACGUUGUGAAGACAGUGGGCGACCAGUGGGGCCACGACGGCCUCAGGACACUUACUUCCAAAACUAUCUUCGCAGCUCUAUUCUAUACCAUAUUUGGACACGGAGAAUCACAGGCUGAAUUCGAGCCCCAAAUGUUUCACAAAAGUUUUGACGUUUUCCACAAAUACUUCAACUAUAUGUGGUUAGGCCUUCCCGCCAAACUGUUCCCCAAGGCAACCAAAGCCCUACAGGUUCUGUGCCAGCAACCCAGCUCAGAGGAUAUGCUUAUGAGGGAGGGGGUAUCGGAGUACAUCAAAUUCGCCACGGGCUUCAUGAAGGAUAACGCUCAGAGCGAGCAGGACAUCAUCGGCCACAACCUCGUGUUCCUCCACGUCAACUACAACACCUUCCGCCUCGCCUUCUGGUGCCUCUACAAACUACUAGAGAACAAGAAAGCUCAUGCAGCCCUUGCUGAAGAAAUCAGAGAGUUCGUGGAAGACAAACGAGCACUUACCACAGGACAAAAGGUGGAGAUUCUCAUGGAGGAAUUCGACAAGCUGCCUCUUCUAGACAGUUUUAUCAAGGAGACCCUCCGCAUCACGAGUGGGGUGUUCAUGGUCAGAUAUAUUGCUGAGGAUACGGAUUUUACCUUGGAAUCUGGAGGUACCUACCGCUGUCGACAGGGUGACCGUGUUGCCAUCUACCCACCUGCAAUCCAUAUGGAUCCUGAAAUCUACGAAGAUCCUGAGGAGUUCAAAUACGACCGUUUUGUCGAUGCCAAAUUCUACAAGAAUGGCAAAGAGCUGAAGCACCCAAUCAUCGCCUUCGGAUCCCUAUGUCCAGGAAAAAAGUAUUCCCUUCUUCAAAUCAAGUGGUUUUUGCUGAACCUUAUCAACAGCUUUGAGAUGGAACUCUUAGACGGUGAAAGCACUAUCCCCGAUGUGAAUUUCUAUGGACAUGAAAUAUUGCCUCCCGUGCACGACGUCCAAGUUCGCUACAGGCUUCUGGAAAACUCCCAUGAACUCGAUUUGGUUUCCAAGAGAUCAUGCUAAUACCCACAAAGCAAUGCGUUAUACAAAGACACCUGUAUUAUAUUCCUAAUUUAUUGAACACUUGUGAGUCAAAAGUAUUUUUGUGAAUGAACCGACUGAAUGUUCAGCAUGAAUCUCAGUAUGAAGAGCGCCAUAGCGCAGGCAAUCAACGCGGAGAAAAUGUCGCUGAGAUUUUUUGACUUUUUCUACCCUUCUGUCUGCAUGAACAAAGACUGUAACAGACAGGCAUUGUUGCUGGAGUUGCAUUUAUUGUACAGUAUCUUACGGGUAAAAGUGCAAAAGUGAAAAUGGACAAGGCUGUGGUUGACCAAAGAGACAGCGUCUACCAGAGAUGCCUCGUUUUCGAAAAUGGACACGUGAUGAAUGUGCUGGUUGUGUGGCGAGGACCAAAGUGGUAAACUAUAGCCUAUCUAGUCUGCAGUAGUCAGGCGCAGUGAUAACCACGCCCUUGUUUUAGCGUGGUAAAGACUUGAGUCCCCAUCCCUCCCCCAUCCUAUGACUGUACAGACUUACUACAUCACAUCAGGAAUCGAGAUGAAGGCUUGUUUCAUUGAGUUUGACAAACUAUAUAAAUACCAAAAUAUGAAUUUGUCACGUAAAAAUAUUUAAUAGUUAAUGUAUAAAAAUACGAUAUGAAAUGCAUUGCUAGGAGUCUUGACAAAUUGUGUCAAGUUUGUUUAUUAAUUUUCCAAUUUGUUACUGUGUUUCAUGUUUUUGUUGAUGCAAUGCGCGACUGCCGAUUCCUGAAAAUAUGAACGAACAAAGCACGUGACUUUCUUGCGUCCAGAUAGUUUCAUUACCAUAUCUUUAAUUAUCACUUGUUUAUUUCAUUUUUACAUAAUCCGCGAAACAUUCAUUAACAUAUUUUUAUUUAUUGAAAUUGAUUAUGUUUACCCUAUAUCAAAACAUUCAAAAUGUUAUACUGAUUUUGUGAUCACAUACGUUGUGGAAAUGUUUACAAGUGACAGAUGUUAGAACCGAUAUUUCGUAUAUCAACAAUAAUGUGCAUUUUUGAAAAUGUUUUUUCUAUCGAUUUUCAUGAACGUUGAACAUCCUCUGUCAUAAUACCAUAUGUAUAAUGUAACAUGUAAUUUAUUUUGUAUAUAUAUAAAUUUAUUUAUCUUUCGUCUCA